UUCCGCCAUUGUACUGACCAUCCUUUAAAACGGUGGUACUGCUUUGAACUGUUGGUGUGGAAAAGGGAAGGACUCAUCCAACAGUUUGUGAUUCUCAGUGCCAUUCUAUUUAAGAAGCAUGAGGAAAAGAAUGGAAGCUUGCUGCCCUCACUGAAGCUCAUAUUUCGUAGAAGAAUGAACUCUCUCUGCUGUGGAUCACCUCUAAGCAAGGUGCUAUGGGGCCAGCCCAUCAGCCCUACCACUGGGCAAAGUGAAGUGGCAGCCUCAAGCAACGAAUGCCAGGAUCAGAGACAGGUGACAAGGUCCUGGAAGACAGAGCUAUAUGUGCUGAUGGCCUGCCCUGCAUUCUCCUAAACCAGCCUGGUGCCCUCAUGUGUGGUGGAGGAUAAUGUCUCAUCACCAAUAUGACAGUGAGAUUCCACUUCCAGUCUGCUUAGCUUCUGCAGUGGGGAAGGCGUUGUCAUUCACCUGAGACAUGUCAUUCACCUGAGACAGCAAAUUCUCUUGGACUGAGCCAACUUUUAGGGAGCAAUCCUAAGCUCCUGUGGAGGAUAGCUGAGGGGUCAAUGGAUGCUGCAGGCCUCUCUAUACACCAGCAGAGGAGGAGAUCUAUGGGUGGAAGCCUCCUUGCUGUGCAAGUGGAAUGGUCUGCUGCUGUCACUAUAGUGCCAGUAGUAUUUCGCAGGUGGUGGGCCUGAAAACUGGAUGUUCCAGUGGGGUGUCAGGGGAGGCCUUGGAUCAGUCCAAUCCAGAGCCUUCUUAUUUUCUCUCCCAUUAUGGUAUCAAUGAGGGGGAGGGGAUUUUAAACAACUGAACGGGGAAAAUAAAAAUUGGAAAAUCAGUCCCUGCUGUUUCUGUCCUCACUUGUUAGAGCUGGCAGGGCUUAGAAAGGGUUGGUUUGUCUGCCACAGAAUUUCACCACCUUCGCAUUGCCCUAUCACCAGGAUCAGGUCCGACAUUUAUAUCUCCAAGACAUUCAAUCGCCACAAGUCUCAGCCUACCGUCCUUGGGCUGGUCAAGGGUAAUAACAGAACUGGCACUUAUCAAGGUGUUUAUCUCGGAAACGAACAGCCUACUAACCACUCUAACUAAGUUCAUAGCACAACUCUGUUCAGAGAGAACUAACACUCCAGAUAAAACUGAGGGUGCCCAAAAUUCUCGGACCCAGUCUUCCCAGGUCUCCGGCUCGACUGAAAGAGGCUCUAAGAAAGCAGGCCUGACACAAAAACGGGACAACAAACUGAAAAAAUCGAAGAAUAUCAAAAAUCCUAAGCCUGCUUUGAUAAGAAAAAUGAAUUUCAAACCUCUAUUUAAAAUACUGGAUGCUCUACCGAAAAAGGAAAAAACAACGGCUGAAGUAAAUCUCUCGACUCCAAGCAAAUUGGGCCCCCCUAUUGGUAGCGAGGAUACUACAGCUGAAUCCGCCAUGGAAUCGUCAGACAAUGUCAACCCUGCUCAAAACCUCAUCAAAGUACACUACGACUUCUCCCCUCAUACUUCUUCUUGUAAUUCAGCGGACUGGAAAUUAAAAUUAAUGAGAAACAAGUUAGCGGGUACUUUCUUAUUUAAGACACCUGACUUUUGGCCAAUUUCUUCAAUAAGACAGCUCUUUGACACCUGCCUGCGGCCUUUCUUGCCAGACUUACAGAAGAACUGCAUUAAACACGUGACCCAUUUGUUUUCAUACGACUUAGAAAGACGCGUAAUUCUGACCUUUCAUUCACCUCACCUUGCAGACCAGAUUUACAAACUCAGAGAUGACCUAGGUUCCCAGGGCAUCCUGGUGCAUCGUUAUUUUGUCAACAAGGCUCCACCAAACCCGCUUUUCAAUCACUCACAGCUACAGCCGGCCCACAAAGAGAACCAUCUACAAGUACUUUCCAGCAACAAUAGACGCCAUGGACACACAUCUUCUCCUCCCCCAUGCGCCCAUGAUCGAAUAUUGGAGGCCAACACUACUUCUGAGGAGUGGAUUACAAACAAUGAGAAUUUCCUACCUGAAGAACAUUCUCUCCUAGAAUCAUAUGACCGAUUGCCUAAAAUUGAACAGGCAAAAAUUGUUAGUAGACUAUCUCAUCUCAUUCAAAGACUAACAAAGGAACACCCUGAGGCAAAUGGGGUCGACCUCUCAAACUGCCCUCCCUCUGCUUUGGAAGACUUCAUCGACUCCUCAUUCAAAAAUCUAGAAACUCAUUCUCCUUGGCAACCCUUAGCACCAAAUAACAACAAUGGCGUUUCAACUUCUGUCAGUAAGACGGGUUUUCCAGAUAUCCAACACAAUAAAAUGGCCCUGGACUCCCCUUUACCAGCGCCAAACUUAACCUGGCUUGAAAGGCGUUUAUUACAACCGGAAGAAUUGGGUAACCCGGAAAAAAUUCAGAAGACUAAAUUAGAGAUCCCGAGGAACCCAGUACUCACAGCCAGAGUAACUUCAAAUGUUAACAUUCUAACCCCAUUAGUGAACAUCAUCACCCCAUGUCCAUGACAACAGCAAAAUAUACUAACUAAUUUAAAUGACUCUGUUUCUAUUUCCAAAACUCACAACGGACCCAAUACACUGAGCAUUCAGGCCUUGGACCCCCCAUUGUCUAUUCUAUCGUGGAACAUAGCCGGAUGGAAGAACAAGUUGAUGGACCUGGCUUUUAAACAGUUCCUACAAACCUUCGAUAUAAUUUUUAUCCAGAAAACCUGGCUCAUAUCUGAUGAGCCAAUUGGACUCCGGGGCUAUAAAUCUUGGCAGAAACUUGCCACUAAAUCUGCACCCAAAGGACGAGGGAGAGGUGGCCUGGCAAUAUUGGUCGCCACUCACCUCACUGGUCAUGUCAUAGAGCUUAAAGAAGAGGCCCCGGCUUGCUCCCUAGCUGUGGGCUUGAGGUUUCCUGGCCUCCCGCCUAUUAUUUGCAUCAAUAUUUAUAUUCCUCCGUCCAACUCUUCUCAGCCAGUCUCUCCCUGGAAGUCGCUGGAAUCCUUCUUGGAAACACUCCAAGAUAGUUAUCCGUCCUAUGAGCUUCUCCUUGGUGGCGAUUUCAAUGCAAGGUUGGGACCAAGAUUUCCAACGGGCCAUGUAAAUCUUUGUGAUUCACUGGAGGGUUUUCCUCUCUCAUAUAGAUCAGCAAAGGAUCACACAGUAAACAAAUAUGGAGUAGCCCUUAGCCAUUUAUUACAAAAAUUUCACCUGGUUUGCCUAAACAGCUCCCCUUUAGAUCUUUCCAAAGGCAAUUUUACCUCCUUAGCAAGAACAGGGGCCAGCGUAGUGGACUACUUUAUAGGCUCUCAAACUUUGAUAAACAGGGUUAAGCAACUGGAUGUAUUACCGAGACCAGAAAGCGAUCACCUGCCCCUAAAGUUAUCUCUUAGGGUUCCUUGUAUUGGCAACUCGCUCCUUAUAAAGACUUCCCGUCCCGAUUCUCUGGAUGGCUGCAUACGUCGUAAAUGGUCACAAGACAUAGGGAAAAGGGCCCACAGUAUGCUGCAAAUAAGUCCUCUCCCUUCAUUACGCCGCAUGGCAAUAACAGUCCCUCAGAACAGCAUCAGUGUAUAUGAAUCCAUCAUAACUGAGCUCAGUCCACGGAUAACAGCCCUUACGGUCUUUCCAGCCUCCUCACACCCUAGCACUUGGUUUGACAAAGAAUGCAGGGCUUCCAAGAAACAUCUUAUCCAAUUAAUCAAAUCAUUCUGAGUCAAUAACAAUUCCGAUACUUUCCAUCAAUUAUUAACACAGAGAAGGGCCUAUAAAACUCUACUCAAAAAUAAAAAAAAUCCUUUCAGCAGGCAAAUUGGAAGGCCCUAGCAAAAGCGGCCUGUGCUAUUAAUGAGUCUGAAUUUUGGAGACUUUUGCAGGGAAAUCUUGAUCCAGCGCCUUAUACAUAUAUUCCUCCAAUUAUUCAAGAGGACUGGGUUGCCCAUUUCAGUUCAAUCUUUGGCAGCCCACUCCCCUUGAGUCCUGUGGAGAUAGCAAAAGAGCUGGUUGGCCUUCCGUCUUGGCCACCAAUUACUUCUGAAGAAGUCGGAGAACUUAUAUCCUCCCUGAAAUUAGGAAAAGCCCCCGGGGAGGACAUGCUACCUCCAGAUUUCCUAAAACUAGAUUCAUCAUGGUGGGCUCCCUUACUUGCCGCCCUUUUCACUCACAUUAACAGUACAGGUAAAAUCCCACAUGGCUGGCUAACCAGCAUUGUGGUCCCCAUUUUCAAAAAAGGAGAUCCCACCAUACCAGCAAACUACCGCCCCAUAAGUCUACUUGAUAUACCAUCAAAGCUGUAUAGCCAACUGCUCUUAAAUAAGAUAAAAGACUGGGACCAGUCUAAUCACAUAAUAUACGAGGAACAGGCUGGCUUUAGACCAAAAAAAAGCACAAUCGAUCAGGUUUUCACACUAUAUCAUCUCAUGAAGGAAACAAGAUCAAAAGCUCACCCUUCCUUAUAUCUAGCCUUUGUUGACUUUAGCACGGCCUUCGACUCAGUGGAUAGGGGGCUUUUAUGGCAAAAACUGGCCAAUUCAAACAUAGAUAAAAGAUUGUACUGGCUGAUUAGGGCUCUUUACCAAUCCAAUGUAGCCCAGGUACGCCAAAGCAACACAGGCUCCUUGUCAACCAAAAUUCCAGUCCUCAGGGGGGUUAAACAAGGUUGCCUAUUGGCUCCUUUUUUAUUCACUUUCUUUAUUAAUGACCUUGUUGAAGCACUUACAUCACCUGCCUUUCCCCCCCCCAUUGGAGACAAAAAGAUCAGUACCCUCUUAUAUGCUGACGACGUGGUAUUAUGCUCCCUAACAAAAAUUGGGCUUAGACGUAUGAUACACAAAUUGAAAGAGUACUGCGAUUCCCAAAAUCUCAAAAUUAAUCAGUCCAAAUCAAAAGUCAUGAUCUGUGGGAAAUUUAGGAAAGCCAAAAACAGCUGGCUUUUAAAUGGGGCCACUCUUGAACAAGUUCCCACUUUUAAAUAUCUGGGUGUACAUCUGUCCAAUAGUUUAUCUUGGACCCCGCAAAUCAAGGCAGCGGCCCUAGCCGGUUCCCGUGCACUAGGAUCAACCAAAAAGUUCUUUUUCACACGGGGGGGUCAGCUUAUUCCCCUGCUGAUAAAAAUAUUUAAAGCAAAAAUACUCCCCAAAAUCUUAUAUGGAGUAGAACUCUGGGGAAAUACAGCCAGAACUAAACUUGAGUCCAUCCAGAACAUAUUCAUGAGGCAAUUGUUAGGUCUCCCACAGGGGACCCCAGCAGCCCAUCUCAGAGCCGAACUCGGACUGCCUUCAAUAACGGCACGCAUAGACUUAGCUCUCCUAAGAUACUGGCUUCGACUCAAUAACAUGGACGAUGCAUCUUUGGCCAAGCAGUGUUGGCAAGAACAAAUGCAGUUGAUCGAGGGAGCCUCAGAAUGGCUGACAAUUCUUUCCAAAUAUGACCUCUCCCCAGCUAAAAUUAUGGAUCCCAGUAACAUCGCCCUUCGCAAUUGGAUCCUUGACCAUGACGCUGCACAGGACCGUGCAUCCAUAGAGAUGGCCCCCUUCUCAAGAUGGUACCCCUGCAUUAAACUCAAUCACCAAAUCUCAAACUACUUAGAAGCCAUAGAUAGACCCCCCAUUAGAAGAGCCUUUACGGCUCUCCGUUUUCAAGUCAUGCCUACGGCCUAUCUUGAAGGACGGUUUCGGGGUAUUCCUGUGAACCAGCGCCAAUGCAUUUAUGGCUGCAAGGCCAUCGAGGACAUCGUGCACUAUUUACUCCACUGCCCACUUUUUGAGGACCCCAGACAAAAAUUUCUUUCUCCCUUUUUAAACCUCUUAGGGCCUUGCUCUGACAGAGAAAGAGUUUACGCGCUUUUAUCCGAUGUUUUUAGAUUAGUGACCUUUGCAACUGCCAAUUUUGCGGUUGCAGCUCAAAAACUGAGAGAGUCCUUUGUUGUAGAGACAAAUGCCCUUCCAAGCCCCACACGAAAUGCUUUGA